AUGACUGCCCCUCCAGCGCUUGGGUAUGCGCCCGGUAUCUCGUUGGCCCCGCAAGAGCACCAACCCUCACCAACAUCGGCUAGUUUUGGCUCCAAUAACCCCUUCCGUAAUCGCGUCCUCUCCCCCUCAGUCGCUGGAUCUGUCUCUUCAAACAAUCGCCCGGAACGACCUCGUUCAACGAACCCUUUUUUGGACGAAACAGAAGCCUUGUCUCCCCAGUCCGCCCCUGGAAUGUCUUCCGGCGCCAUGGUCUCUCCGACCGAGAAGACCGAUAUCUCGAGUAGCACCCGUGAAAUCUUUGAGAGCCUCUCCCUUAAUCCCGCACCUCGGACAAAUCGCCAAGGGCCCGACGCCACCCGAACUUCUUCAACCCGCAACCGAGACCCAAGAGAGCGCCCGUCUGAUCGAUCGGCUACAUCUAAAGGAAAAGACCCGCUCGACAUUUUCGCUGAUCCCCCGACCAAGGCCUCCGCAAGCUCGCGGGAAAAGCCACGACGACCCCGUCGGAACUCAGAGUCCUCCGUGAUGGACCGUGGCUCGAAGCUGCUGGACCUCACUGAUGAUGAGAAGCGCCGCAGAGAAAGACGUCACCGCGAACGCGAGGGCCGCAAAGAUGGAAAGUCGCGUUCCGGUCGCAAAGACCGUCGACUAGAUGUCAUCGAUAAGUUGGAUGUGACGAGCAUUUACGGAACCGGAAUGUUCCACCACGACGGUCCAUUCGAUGCCUGCAACCCCCAUCGCAACCGCCGAGGUGUCCGUACUGCGCCAAUGCAGGCUUUCCCCAAGGGUUCUACCAACAUGGCUUUAGGCGGUUCCGGUCCCAACAACUCCAACAUCGAUCUCAAUCUUUUCCAUGGGAGAACGGAGGAAGGACACAACGAUUUCUCCACUGCCGCUCGAAGCGCCGAGACCGGCGUUAGCUUCGAUCCCACUGCCCGAGUGGACCCCAUUCAUGGACCCCAAAGUAUGGGCCUCGGUACCAGCACUUUCCUCGACGGAGCCCCAGCCAGUCGAUCUGCCAUGGCUCGUCGCCAGAGCGAGAACGAAGGGUCCCUCGCGCCAGGCGGUGGUCUCGCCCGCAAAAAGAGUCUAGCACAGCGAUUGCGUGGCCGAACAGCCGGUCCAUCAGCCGGCCCUGGUCGCAUCGCCUCUCCCUCCGAUAAUACCUCACCCGCUCCUCCAGCACUUCACUCCAGCCACUCUGCCUCCUCUCGAGGCAACGAACGAAACCCUUACUUCCAAGACCAGGACUAUAACGAAGAAUGGGACAAGAAGGGUUCCAGCAUCGAGGCCAGCAUGGGAGGUGGUCGUAUGCGUUCAUCCAGCAGCCCCAAACAAGCCACUGUACUAGAGCGCAAGUCUACAAACGAUGAGUUCAAGCUCAACCCUGGCGGUGGCGGCGGCUUCUUGAACAGGAUGAAGAGUCUGCGCAAACCGAAGCCCGAACGCCGCACCAGUGAUUGA